AUGUCUCUCGACGGUGGUGGCAUCAGCAACGGCUCCGGCGCACGAGACACGGCCUCCGCCGUGGAGGAGGAUUACUGCCUCUACGGCCGUGAGCGCCUUCAGCGGCAGUGGGCCACGACAGGGGUGUUUCAGCCGGGUGCGCUGCGACUUUACGGCAUUACGGGGGAGCCGCAGCUGCUGCGCUCAAUUAAGCAAACUCGGAUGUUAGGUGCCCUUUUCGGGACGUGUUUUCUCGGUCGCCUCCCGAAUCUCGCUGCGCCACGACCGUGCGCAAGCGUAGUCGAGGACGAACCAAACAAGGGGGGCCGCACGGAAGCGGCGCCACAGACGGAGAUGGACAGGGAGAGCGCAGCAGACGGUUUACCCUUCUAUCACCUCCUCUUUGGUCCGGUGCAGCCGACCGAGUUCACGUCCAACGCGCAGCUCGCGCAGGACGCGUGGCACAGGGAAGUGGUGAGUGCAUGGAACGUGUUGCAGACGCCGUCAGAGUGGUGCCAGGCGAUGAACGGCGUCGUGACGGAGACGAACUGGUCAACACGAGAGCAGCGGCAGCGCAUCCGCGAGCAGCUCGAGCUGGCGAGCUUUAUGUGCCUACGCGCCGUACAGGUGCCCUUGCCGUUUUACGCACGUGAGCUGCCGUGGGCCGCUGCUGUGAGCGACAGUGAUGUAGAUGAUCAAGAGGAGGUGGUUGGUGCCGUGACGAGAGCGGCGCCGACGGCAACGGCGGAUAACGACGCCGCGGCACGCACGGCUGGUGAGGGCCGUACCACGAUCUUGUCUCCCGAUGAAGACGGUCAGCGCAACGCUCGCCUUGCGUGUCUCGCCGCGGACGCUCUCCUCACCUACAUCCGUCAAGGCUCCGACGUUAAGGUGUGGGUGCGCUGCGAUGGCUGCAAUCCUGCGCACCGCUAUCAGAUGCAGCGACUGCGCCAGGCCGUCCUUUACGGUUACACACGCCACUCCACACCCGACCGCAAAGUCGUGUAUGAAAUCAACCCGCCCUGUAGUGUAGCCGGCACCGGCAGCGGCAGCCCUUCUCCUCCGCUUGCCGCGGGACCUCACCCGUCCACUAGCGACACUGUGCACACGGAGGCGGUGUCAUCGCUCGUGACGAUGCUGUACUUCUCCUCGUGGCACCCUCGCAUGCUGCUGCCAAGCGAGUGGUUUGGUGAGCAAGUGGUGUGCUUUGAGUGCCCUUCCGCGCCGUUGUUGUUUGCCUGCAUGGCACCGCACGGCGUAACUCCGCAGCAGCACCGGCACUACCGCCCGGGUGGUGCCGCCGCCGCGUCGCUGAACACGUCGGCCGCGCUGAACUCGGCGGUGACCGGCGAGGAGGGGGACCCGCUGGCCGCAGAAGGCGACGAAGAGCACCCCCGUCCCGGCCACCACGGUGAUGACGAUGACGAUAAUAAUGCUAAUGAUGAUGGUGAUUUCUAUCCCCUGCACGCACCCCCUCCGUACAACGUCUCUCGUCGGUCGUCGUCGGCGCGUCUGCCCGAGACGGACGAGAACGAGAUGGACAGGAGCGCGUGCUCUAGCGCGGCAAAUGGCUCGCGAACGGACUGGGGAGAGGAGCUGGGCAUCGAACUGCAACGCACGCCUGAUGAUGCGUCGGCUGCGGCUGCGAUGACGGUGGCAGGGCCGUAUGGACUCAGUGCCAUGGGGAGUCCCUUCCCCAGUGAGCAGGCGGACGCGGCGGACACGCAGCUGUCAGACGUGCAGCAUCGCCGGUACGUGUACGAGAUGCCCGAGGACCUCUCCCCUCUCAGCGCCGCCCGCUGGGCCGGCGGCUACCCGCCCUUUGUCAGUGUGCUGACCUUUCUCGUGGAGCUGAUGCGGCGCCGCGCCCUACCCUUGUUUGACCGCGGCUUCUUUGACCAGUAUCCACUGAUGAACUACCUGUACUUCAAGGCUGUCGAGGAGCCGACGCGUGACGUCUUCGCGCCGUUCGAGGGCCAACUGCAGCUGCCGCUCCAGCCGCUGAGCCAUCAGCUCUCCAGCGGCGUCUACGAAGUCUUCGAGCGCGAUGCGCGGAAGUACCGGCAGUACCGCGAGGCAAUCUACCGCUACGUGCGGGACUGGUACGAGGAUGGACCGGCACGGCAGCACGCGUUUCAAAACAAAGAGUUUUUCGACCGGCAUGGGGUGAUGCGCGCGGUGCCGACGCCGUCCUCCGAUGAGCGGGUGCUGCACCUGGUGCUGCUCGGGUGCGGGCGGGGCCCGCUGAUCGACGAGUGCCUGCACGCCGUCUCUGCCCUCGGCGUGCGGCUGCGCAUCUUCGCGAUGGAAAAGAACCGCCCCGCAGCCGCCUUCACCCGCAUGCGGUGGGCGAGUGAGCCGGAGUGGGCACAGCUCGCCUACACCUUUGGACACACGUUGGAGGUGCUGGUGGUCGACGGCCGCCACAUCGCGCGGGCGGCGCAGGACGGAUCGGUGGUGCUGCCGCCCGACUUUGGCCUCUGCGACGUCGUUGUGUCGGAGCUGCUCGGCAGCCUCGGCGAUAACGAGUUGAGCCCCGAGUGUCUCGAGAGCUUUCACGAGCAGCUCCUCACGCUUCAGGACCGCCGCGGCCUGCACCGCAAUGCCCACCUCACCUGCAUCCCGCAGCAGUACACGGCGUGGGUGGCGCCGCUCAUGUCGGUCUCGCUGGAGGAGGCGGUGUCCGAGGCGGCGGGGAAAGGGCUGACGGUGGCCCUGCCGCACUGCCCCGAUCGCCAUGCCGCCCUGUACCACUCCCUGCUCGUCACGAACCUCAAUCGCGGGGUCACCCUGGCGGCGCCGCAGCCGUGUUGGAGCUUCACGCACGACUUUGCGCACGACGCCCUUCGUGCUCGAGCGUCGCCGGACUCUGCGCCAAGCAAUGGUGGUUGUAGCGGUAGUAGUAGUACUACGGCUGCUACCGCUAUGAAUGCCACCUCGAUGGAGCGCUGCGCGCACCUUACCUUCACGGUGCCCCCUUGCGGUCGCUGCAGCGGGCUGGCGGGUUAUUUCUCCUGCGUCCUCUAUCAGUCGCCGACCUCGCCGGCGGUCACCAUUUCCACUGCCCCGAUGCAGCGCACGGCGGACAUGUACAGCUGGUUCCCCUGCACGUUUACGCUGGAGCCGACGCAGCAGCGGGAGCUACACGAGGUGGAGGCCGCCGCGAAGAGGAAGAGUGGCGUGGUGGCGUUGCACGUUGACCUGGCGCGCAAGACGAACGCGGCGCAGCGGCGGGUGUGGUAUGAGUGGAGUGUGUGCUACGGCGACGCGGCGGAGGCGCCGUGCGAGACAGCAGCAGCGACGGUGGUGGUGCACAACCGGGACGGCUGGGCCUCUUCGAUGCUUCUGUGA